AUGUAUCCUCUCCCUGUCCUAGCAUUGCUUUACCUCCUCCGCGCGACUUUUGCACCAGUGCUCGCCAGAAUUAUACCCCGUUCAGCCGCCGAACACAACUCGUCCUCGCUAAAAACUGGAACGAACACUCGCGCUGAGAAUAAAGCACCAACAACAGGGGGAGUUAACGCCUUCCACCUCUACGCAGUGCAAGCAACGGCCAUUCUAACCCUCGUUAUCAACUCAGCUAUUCACCUAUUUAUCGUCGGCCUGUCGAUAAGCACACUUCUCUUUCCCUCCAUAUUUCAUCCGUCCUACGUCAACGAGUUCCGUCCCAGCUCGCUAUUCCUUCCUCCACUGGCUCCCGGACCAAAGGCCUUAACUCCAGGAGACGGAGUGCGCGGGUUCUUGCUCUGGGAUCAUGUCGUGACAUACUCCACCGUCCUGGUAGUUGUUUGUUUGGAGCUGCGAAACGCAUUUAAUGCGGUUCAAGGAGCUGGAAGUAACAAGACACUCAAACUUUCGGCGUGGAGUAUUGGAUCAAUCGGACUUGUUAUUUCGCUGGUCAUGGGACCAGGCAGUGCAUGCCUAGUAGCUAGUUGGGCUCGUGAUGAAAUUCUAUUUGGGAAUUGGUGA